UCUCACUCUCCCUCUGCCGACCCCCACUUUUCCCUCUCUCUUCUCUUGCUGCGUGCAGCAGCCUUCCCAUCUUCUUCUUCUUCUUGCUGCUGGCGGCAGCAGCCCCAUCCCCCCCUUUUACUUCCUCAAUUCUCCAAAUCAAUCCCCUUUUCAUCACCCAAUCCCCCGGAUCAAUCCCUAGUUGAUCCUAAUCCCUAAUUCGUAGGUAGAGCUCAUCUUGAGUUCUAUCAUUUGGUAUCAGAGCCUGGUUCUUGAUUUCUGAGCACAGAAGAACGUCGAUCAAGAUGGUGGCAACGAAAUCAAAAGCUGCAGCUGAAAAGGCCGCGAAGGCGGCGCAGGAGGCGGAGAUCGCGGCGACCUGACCCCUGUCCACCGGCGAUGGCGCGCUCGAGUUUCCCGGUCCACGAGAUGGAGAAAUGGUGGACGAGACGCUGGGAGAGGAGCUCCGUUCGGAGAUGACCAAAAUGGCGGAGGCCAUGGAGCAGGAGCGCCGAUCUCGUCUGAAGGGCGAGCGAACUAGGGAGAUGGAGGCGCGAGCCCGCGAGGUGGAAACGCAGAAGGUGUGGCUCGCCAUCGGCGAGCUGAAGGCCAUGUUGGCCGAGGCUCUGGGGCGAGCAGGUGGAGGCAGUCGCACCGCGGGAGACCCGGGCGCGCUGGUGGUCGCCGCGGCGGGUGGGUCGAACCUGGGGGGAGCGGCCGGCGGAGGCAGCACGGCGGCAGGGGCCGCAGCGGGCAGGGGCGGCGCGAUUCCGGAGGGAGGACGGACGGCGGCCACCGACCCCGACGUGGGUCUCGAGGCGGCUGGGCAAGAUCCGGCGGCGCUGACGACGGCCGGGACCGGGCCGAAAGCUGGAGGAGGCGGGUCGGGGAUCGGGCCAACGCAGAUUGGGCUAGGUAUGGGCCCGGGUCUGCUACCGACGCCUACGGCCCAAGAGAUUGCAGCCCGGAAGGGAAAAGCCAAGAUGCCCGGUUAUGAGAUUGACGGGCCUCUCAUGAACCGUGAACCGGACCUGGUGGGCCAAUAUACACAGAUCCAUAAUGGUCUGGGCUGGUUGGGAUUGGAGGACGGGCCCGAUGGUGAUGAGCUUAGCCUGGCGGACCAACCGGUCAAGUGGGCUGAACCGGAGGUGGAUCAGAGGGGGCCGAGCGGGCUGAGAAGGGCCACCGAACCGGGGGGCGGACAGGAAUCGGUCGGGCAGCUGCUGACCGAGCCGAGAUGAGUCGAACUGGGCCGGGUCGGGCCUGCAUGGGACCCACCGGAGGACCAGUCAUCGCCCGAGUCCGACUGCUCAGCAUCACAGGAGG